AUGAGCUCGAAUAGUUCACCGCUUCGAGCGACAGAAAUUGGUGUAAAGCGGAGUCGAAAAGCGACUGAACCUCAACAUUUGUCGUCGUUCGGUCUCUCUUCUCCUGAGCUUGAAACUAUGAAUCCAUCAGGAAAUCAUUUAUCUGGUGAAAGUCCAGCCGUUGGUGACCCAACUCUGAACAUACUCAACUUAGCUGGUGCAAUUGCAAUGAAUAGUUUGUUAGCAAUCAAUCAGCAAGCUGGGGGUGCUGCCGGUUUCCCUGCAGCUGCUCAGCUGGCAGCUCAAAAUCCAUUGCUCGCAAAUGCAGCGAAGAUGAUGUUGAGUAUGAACCUUGCGAAUGCUGCAGCUGCUGGUGCAGAUCGACCAUCUGCUUCUACCUCAACCUCUGAGCUUCUGUCAUCGUUGGUCGCUUCUCAACCAGAAGCAACUGCGUUGUCUGUGGCUAAUCUUCAGCAAGCGAUGCUUCUUCAGCAAUAUGCGGCUUUGGCUCGAGGGCAAUUGCCAGGUGUGAAUCCGCAGUUGGCUGCUUUGCACAUGUCUCUGAAGCGAUCAGCAGAGAACGGAAGUAGUCAACAUAGCGACCGUAAGCGAUCCUACCCAACCACCGAAGUUCCCAAUCAAGUGGAUGAGCUCAGAAAACGAGUUCAUUCGGACACUAGUGCCCUCGCAAAGCAGCGAAAGACUGAACACACACCAAUUCCUCAUGUGUCAGUGUCCAAAGACGAUAUGGAACGUUGUCUGAAUAGAAUUCUCAACGAGGAAAUCUACAACAUCUACGAUCACGACCUGAAGUCUGAACGAAAGGCUGUUACCCCGGCCCCGUCACCAGCUGAUAGUAGCAGUAAAGAAGAGACGGUAUGCAGCAGUAGUAGCGGUUCCAGCUCACCUUUCGAUAGAAAAUUGUGCAUAGAUGAAAUUCUUGAGAUUAUUGCUAGUCGUCCGUCAGAAAAAGACGGUGGAAUCGCCUCGACGGGAUCAGCGUUCAGAAAAGUCAGCAGUCGUUCCAACACCGCUGACUCGUUACGUGAAAUGAUCAUGCCUACUGACACCGCUUCGCUUGUCUGGGAAACUUCACUGUCCCCAGAUGGAAGUUCUCCGCGAAAUUCCGAACCAGAUGUUGCCCCUCUAACUCAAGAACUUAUUACUUCACUGCGUCAUCUGGCCAUUUCCCAUCGUGAUGAAGAUCCGGAGAACUUGGACAGUGAUGUGGCGCUCACUUAUGACGAACAACUCAAGCGUUUCCCGGUGGUAUGGCAAGGCACGCUGGCAAUGAAGCAGUCCGAGACGACGGUGCAGAUGCAUCUGGUGUAUGGAUCGAUAGAGAUGCUAACUCGAUGCCUUGGUGAUGCGAAUGCUGAUGCGAAGAACGCCGUACCGAUUCGUGUCAAUCAACGAAUGCGACUCGAACAUGCGCAAGUUCAAGGUUGGUGA